AUGGCGAAGCGGAACCGCUGGGACUCAGACUCGGACUCCGGCGAUGAUCGCGUCUCACAGCGUAAGAAGAAGACUUCCAGCUGCAUUGAUCUUAUGCCCAACUCCACCGAUACGCCGUCUUCAAGUUGCGACACCCCCGACGCUUCUAAACUCCCUACAGCCGACACAAUCGCUAUUCCAGACGACCCAUCGAGACACAAUUUCUACCUUUUGGGCUGCCGUAGUGUCGACUGCUACGCACGUAUCGGCAAAAUCGAUGAGGGCACGUACGGCGUCGUUUCCAAGGCGCGGGACAAGGAAACAGGGGAUAUAGUAGCCCUUAAACAGGUCAAGAUGAGUGCAGACGUCAGCCAGGAAGGCUUCCCCAUCACGGCUCUACGCGAAACCAACGUGCUGUUGGCUCUGGAUCACCCCAACAUCGUUCAAGUGCGAGAAAUGGUAGUGGGGUCCACGCCCGACAAGAUCUACAUGGUCAUGGACUACGCUGAGAACGACCUUAAGCACGUCAUGCAGACUAAAAUGAAAGCUCCAUGGCUGCAGUCCGAGGUUAAAUACUUACUGCACUCGUUGCUGAGCGCUGUGUCUUUUAUGCACGACCGCUGGUACAUUCACCGAGAUCUAAAGACCAGCAACUUGCUGUACGAUGCACGCGGCGUGCUGAAGAUCUGCGAUUUCGGUCUUGCGCGCAAGUAUGGCUCACCAUUGAGAACCUACACACAGCUCGUGGUGACGCUAUGGUAUCGCUCACCGGAAUUAUUACUUGGCGCAAAAAACUACUCGACGGCAGUCGAUAUGUGGUCGGUUGGCUGUAUUUUCGCCGAGAUGUUGCUGAUGAAGCCACUGUUUGCUGGACGGGGAGAGCUCGACCAGACUGACCAGAUCUUUAAGCUGUUGGGGGCACCGAAUGAGGAGAACUGGCCAGGUGUCGACGAGGACGUGCCAGACGCAAGUGUGAGUGUGCGCGGUAAAUGGCCGAAGUACUCUCGACUGCGAGGCAAGUUCCCACUGGCUGCUACGUUCUCGGGUAGCGGGUGUUCUUUAUCUAAGGCAGGGUUUGACCUGUUGGGUCGGAUGCUGGCUCUCAGCCCACGUAAGCGUAUUUCGGCCAAGGACGCACUGGCGCAUGAGUACUUCCAGGAAUCUCCUCCUCCCAAGCAGCAGGAAUUGAUGCCGACAUUCCCUGCAUAG